ACUCCCACCUGGGGAGCUUCGACUCCGUCGCCCACAGCAAGAGCGACAGCGUGACGGGGAUCCUGGCAGCCUCGCUGAGCGCAUCAGAGGCUCCAACCAGCACAGCGUGAGGAUCCAAUGGAGCUUACAGAUACGAUACUAAUGCCGUCCAGUCAAGAGAUCCUGUUCGGCCUCCUCCUCGCCCUGCCGUGGGUCGCCCUGUCCUGGUACCACCAACAACAUGCACAUUGGGAGAGUUCAUCCCCACUAGACGCAACCACGAGCGCUGCAUCAGACCACGCUGCCAGCAAAACGUCCUUGGUGACCGCCGCUACAAUGAUCAUAUACGGGUGUGGACGGCUGGUCCGAUCGGUUGGAGGGGGCGACUCUGUUGGUGCACCCAAGAUAAACACCAGCGCCGCGAGUGGGGUUUUCCUGCGCGCCUCGUCUAUUGCGCUCCCGAUCUACGCGGUGUUGAAGGUGGGAGGUUUCCUUACCGCGUGUAGCCUGCUGCUUGCCAUUGCGUCGGGAGUGCCGACAGUCGUUCAGGGCUACGGUCUUCACAGCAGUGCCCAGUCCCGGCUGAGCCAGAAGAAAAUAACAGCGUCUCUACUUGUUACAAUCGUUGUUCUGAGCUUCCUGGGGUUGAAUGCGACGCGGGACCCCCACCCGUUCUUGGGUUACGUGUCCCUUCUGGUGUCUGUUUUCGUGCUCCGCCCCCCUUUCGCGGGGGCCGGGCUUGACAACUCGUCCAGUUUUUUGAGUGAUACGGUCUCCCAGAAACAGCUGGAGGAAGGCUUGAGCAGUGGGUCCAACGAUUCAGUCUUGGCUGUAGUUUCAGGACUGCUUCUGGCACUUGGUACCGUCGUUGUGUCUGGCAAUGUGUUUGGGUCGGAUUGGAUGUACCAGCUUGCAGCUGCUGGUACCUUCGCUGCUGGCCUAAUAUUCCUGGCCCCCUCUCACCUGCGGUCCCCGCACAAGCUUGGCCUGAUCAUUGGAACUGGAAGUGCCGCGCUUUUUUGCUCACCACCGCUACAGGAGAAGGUACACCUGGCUUAUGUCGCCCGGGCCAUGGCGACUGCGGCCUCGUUCCUUGCGGCCAGAUAUGAGGAUAGACAUCUGCGGAGUCUCGCGGCGCACUCGACCCACACCGUCUAUUCUGGGGACGCGACUGGAAUCACCAAGCUCAUAAUCCGCUCCAGUGAGCCAUAUCCCCUCUUGUACAGUAUACUGAAGGAACGUGACUCGCGGCGCAUCUUCUAUUUCAUGUGUCUCAAUUUUGGCUUUAUGCUGGUCCAGUUGUCGUACGGCUUCAUCACGGGAUCCCUGGGACUUCUCAGCGACAGCAUUCACAUGUUCUUCGACUGCCUGGCGCUUGUCGUGGGUCUCUGUGCGGCGGUCAUGAGUAAAUGGGCGCCCAGCGCUAGGUUCCCGUAUGGUUAUGGAAAGGUGGACACACUCUCUGGCUUCGCCAACGGCAUCUUCCUCAUGAUCAUCAGCAUCGAGAUCAUCUACGAGGCUGUCGAACGAUUGUCGUCAGGCAGCCAGAUGCACCGCCUGGGCGAGCUACUCGCAGUCAGCUCCGCCGGACUCCUGGUUAACCUGGUCGGCAUCAUGGCCUUCGACCACGGCCAUGCACACGGCCACGACCACGGGCACGGGCACUCGCACGGUAACGAGAAUAUGCACGGGAUUUUCCUGCAUAUUCUCGCCGACACGCUUGGUUCCGUCGCCGUCGUGAUCUCGACCAUCCUCGUGCACUACUCGGGCUGGGCGGGCUUCGAUCCGAUCGCCUCGUGUCUCAUUGCCAUUCUGAUCUUUGCCUCGGCUAUUCCGUUGGUUAGCAGCACUGCCAAGUCACUUUUGCUCACGUUGCCGGCCGAUGUGGAGUACAAUGUCCGCGACGCGCUUUCGGGUGUGAGUACCUUGCGCGGGGUGGUUGGAUAUACGGUGCCGAAGUUCUGGCUGGAUGAUACGGGGAAUUCCGGUCACGAUCAUGGGCAUGACCACCACGACCAUGACCACGGACACGACCACGGACACGACCACGGACACGACCACCACGGCCAUGAUAGCCAUUCUCACAGUCAUGACAGCCAUUCUCACAGCCAUUCUCACAGCCACAGCCAUGAUCACCACGAUCACGACCACGACCACGGCUCUCACACCCCCAAUGUCCUCGGAGUCAUCCACGUGAUCGCAUCUCGCACCGCAGACCUCGACGACGUCCGGCAACGAACGCACACCUACCUUCGCGAAAAAGGCAUGGACAUCCUGGUGCAAGUCGAGCGCGAGGGCGAUGGGCGAUGCUGGUGCGGGGGCGGGAGCAACAAGAGCUCUUAACCUAUCUUGGUAGAAGAUAUAGACGUGUUCUACUAUAGUACGGCUCUCUCAUUCUUCUUUACCCCUCUUACCCAUUAUUGGCG